AAAAUGACAUAUAUUUUAAAAUUACUAUCCAAAAGCUAAAUAUAUUGAUUUUUAUUUAUGUUCUUCGUGUCAGAACUUUGUAGUUUAAAAAGUUAUUAGUGAGUAAAUCAUGAAAUCGUCGAAACAUCGCACUUCCCGUAUGUCCAGCUUAGCUGAAGAUAUGGGUUUGCAUGUACCUGAUGAAGCCCCGUACCGCUCUAAGCUUCACUACCUGUUUGCCCAAAUUGAAAAGGAAUUCGAAGUUUUAUAUAUGGAAAAUCUUAAUUUACAAGAAAAGUUGGAUGGGUUCACAAAUAAAGAUUCCUUGCAAUCUUGCGAACGAUCAACAUCUACCAACCCUAGUGCAGGGUCAAAUAUAGCACCGCUUCCCGUAUCAGUUUGCCAUGAAGAAGUAGAUACUGCGGCUGGUGCUUCUGUUGUGACUGGAAAUAAGGGUUUUAAGUCAAAAUUUACAUCAAGUGGUGGCAAGGUUAAAGCUAGCCACAAAAUAAAGGCUCAAACAAGUCGAAUCGUAUCUAGUUUUAAAGCUCAGUCGGUGGUGAGCAGCGCGGUUAUGCGAGAAUUUUGCGGCCAUAAAGAUGGAGUAUGGCAAGUGGCUGCUAAAGUUGGUCAACCUAUUAUAGGAACAGCAUCAGCAGACCAUACAGCUUGUGUAUGGGGGAUCGAAAGUGGUCGAUGCCUUUUACAAUACACAGGCCACGUUGGUUCUGUUAAUUCCAUAAAGUUUCAUCUGAAUCGCGAUUUAGUUCUCACAGGAAGUGGCGAUGGAACAGCGCAUAUAUGGCAAGCUGCUGUUAAUUGGGACGUUUCAAAGAAAGGCCAUUCAUCCGAGGAAGAGCUUGAAGACAGCGAUGGACAAGGUGAUGACCGCGAUCGCGUAGACACAUUACGUACACCACUUUGCGAAUUCACCGGACCUGGAGGCCAUUUAUCAGUUGUAGUUGCUGCUGAUUGGCUUCCAAGUAUGGAUCAAGUUAUAACCGGAAGCUGGGAUCGUACUGCAAUUUUGUGGGAUGUCGAAACUAAGGAACCAUUGCAACCUCUUUCUGGACAUGACCAUGAACUGACACAUGUGUCUGCUCAUCCUACUCAAAGAUUAGUAGUAACGGCAUCCAGAGAUUCUACAUUUCGAUUAUGGGAUUUUAGAGAUCCGAUUCCAGGAGUAUCUGUUUUCCAGGGGCACACAGAAAGUGUUACUUCCACCGUUUUUUCUAAAGAUGACAAAGUCGUAUCGGGAUCCGACGACCGCACCGUUAAAGUAUGGGAAUUGCGAAAUAUGCGUUCAGCUUUAGCCACAAUACGAACAGAUUCUUCUGUAAAUAGGCUGGCCGUUUCGAAUGCCGGAAUAAUAGCAAUCCCGCAUGACAACAGACAAAUACGUCUGUUUGAUUUAAAUGGGCAGAGAGUGGCUCGUUUGCCGCGAACUAGUCGACAGGGUCACCGACGUAUGGUUUCCUCUGUAGCAUGGGCUGAAGAACCACUACUAAACUGUGAUUUGUUUUCGUGCGGUUUUGAUCGUCGUGUUUUUGGCUGGUCCAUUAUAUUACCAAAGGAUAAUUAAAUGCUAGGAAAAUUUACAUUCAUAGAAGUUGUCAAUACUCACUACAUUCAUCAAUGUUACUGGAUAGAUCAAAAAUUUAGUACAGUGAGCUCGAAUAUAGCGUUCGUGGAGUAAACAAAAUUAUUCAAAUUUGUUUCAUAAAUUCUUCAUGAAAGUAAAUAUACGUCGUCUUCAUAAAGGUCACAAAAAGAGAAGACACUGUAUGUACUCUAAUGCAAAAAUAAAACUACUGCUACAAUUAUAUCACAUUCUCAAAAUA